UCCUGGCCCACGGCAUCUACUGCGUCAUUAUCCUGAGCCGAGAGCACGAUUGGCCCGGACGCUUGGGCCGUGGUUACAUUUUCACCAGCGAUGAGCGGCACGGGAGCGUUAGCCGCUGCUUCCGUGUGGCGCCCGCGCCCUGGCGUCUGGAGGCCCUUCUCAGCUUAUGGAAGAGGAGUCAUCAGGUUUCAUAGUUCAGGAAUGACCUUAGAUAGUAUUAACCGGGCAGCUGUGGAUCGAAUAAUUCGGGUGGAUCACGCUGGUGAAUAUGCAGCGAACCGCAUCUAUGCAGGGCAAAUGGCUGUGCUGGGCCGGACCAGUGUGGGCCCUGUCAUUCAGAAAAUGUGGGAUCAAGAGAAGAAUCAUUUGAAAAAGUUCAACGAGCUGAUGGUUGCAUUCAGGGUCCGACCUACAAUUUUGAUGCCCUUGUGGAAUGUGGCAGGCUUUGCACUGGGGGCGGGAACUGCCUUGCUGGGGAAGGAAGGAGCGAUGGCCUGCACCGUGGCCGUAGAAGAGUCUAUUGCGCAUCACUAUAACAACCAGAUCCGUACGCUGAUGGAGGAGGACCCUGAGAAGUAUGAGGAGCUGCUGCAGGUCAUCAGGAAGUUUCGAGAUGAAGAACUUGAGCACCAUGACACAGGACUGGACCAUGAUGCAGAGCUGGCUCCUGCGUACGCCCUGCUGAAGAGAGCUAUCCAGGCUGGAUGCAGCGCAGCAAUAUAUUUAUCCGAAAGGUUUUAAAGUAUGUCUGUUGAUCCGUUUCUAGAAAAGAUGGUUGUAGCUUCAGGAGUGGUGUUUGCAGAGGCGGGACUGGACAGUUAUCAC